AUGCAAUUAUUCUCAGACUCAAUAGCUAAUAAUGAAGUCGAUUUUGGUGACAAUGAAACUACGACUACCUCUACUUCUACUACUACUGCUACUGCUGCAUCUUUUGAAGAUGUAGAUCAAGAAGUUGAUGAAAUUUAUAAUAGACUAUUUGGCAAAUCUGAAACAAAUACAAAUGUUUCAAAGAUUAGUUUAAAACAAGAAGGAGGAGGAGAAUCAGUAUCAUCAUCAUCAAAAACAGAGACAUCAAAGAACUUUAAUUUAGAUAAAUUCUUUGAGAAUUUGAAUAAUCCAAAGACAACACAACAAUUAUUUGCAGGUGUUGACAAGAAGAAACAAAGAGUAACAAAAAGAGAAAAAGAAGAAGAAUAUGAUGAUGAGGAUCAAGAAGAAGAAGAAGUGGAACAAACUAAAUAUUAUAUACCAAAAGGAGGAAACAAAUCAAGAGAUAUAUUGGGAUCAGAUCAAAGAUAUAGUUUAAAAAUCUAUCAACAAACAUUGACAAAGCAAAUAAGAGCAACACAAGAUGCAAUCAUGUCUGGUACACAGUCGGAACAAGACACUUAUCAUGCCAACUUUUUAAUUGAAAAUAUUCCCGAUGACUACAAGGACAAUGAUUUGGAACAUUUGAUCAUCGAGAAUAUCAACAAGCCACUCAAGAGUCUUCAUUUUGAACGUGUACGUGACACUGCUUCCAGAUCACAACAUUCAGCCGUCUUUGUAGCUGCUGAAUAUUAUCGUGAUGAAGAAGCUGCCAGACGUUUGGAAAAGCAACAAGAAAAAUUACUCGAAAAAAGAUUGACUGCCAAUGACCAAUCGGUAGAAUCAAACAUUGAUAGUAUCGUAGCUGAAUUGUCAGUAGCUCCAACCCUCGACGACGGUCAUGGAAACAUAAUCUCUUAUGGUGCAGUCCCUUCAAAACUUUCACUCAAACCAAUCAAAAAAUCAAAUUCACCAGAUACUGUUUAUAAAAGAUUUGAUACUUUUGGUUUUACUAUUGAUGGACAAAGAUAUAAAGUAAUUGAAUCAAACAAAUUAAAAUCAAUUAAAAUAUUUAAUAUACCAAGAUAUAUGAAUCAAGAAGAUGUAUAUGCAAUUUUGAAUGAUCAUUUUAGUAAUGGUAUUGCUAGAAACUUUACAAUCAAUCUUCCAAAACCAAGAACCAAUUCUCAUCAACCAGAGACCGAUGAAAACAAUGGAAAGUGUGUUGUUACGUUUGCAUCUCACAUGGAUGCUGUCAAUGCCUAUCAACAAAUACCUCAAUUACACUUUGGCGAUCAUCAAAGAGCUCAUUGUCAAUGGAGUAGAUUUAUUCAAGGUGACAACUCUCCCCAAUCACUUUUGGCAACUAAAAUGUCAAGAUCCAAAAAUAGACUAGUUGCUGAAUUAUCACUCAUGAGAAAGGUUUUAGAUUUAUCAAGUCGUGUAAAAGAACAAGAAGAAGAAUCUAACAGUAAUAAUAAUAAUAAAAAUUAA